GGGAAUGAGAAGACCAACAAUGGCACCCACUACAAGUUACAGCUCCUGUACAGCAAUGGUGUUCGAACGGAGCAGGACCUCUAUGUGAGGCUCAUUGACUCGGUCACCAAGCAGCCCAUAGCUUACGAGGGACAAAAUAAGAAUCCUGAGAUGUGCCGAGUUCUCCUGACACACGAAGUCAUGUGCAGUCGGUGUUGCGAAAAGAAAAGCUGCGGAAACCGAAAUGAGACACCUUCCGACCCGGUUAUCAUCGACAGAUUCUUUUUAAAAUUUUUCCUCAAGUGCAAUCAGAAUUGUUUGAAAACAGCGGGAAACCCCAGGGACAUGAGACGGUUUCAGGUGGUGUUGUCGACCACGGUGAAUGUGGAUGGACACGUGCUGGCUGUCUCGGACAACAUGUUCGUCCACAACAAUUCCAAGCACGGGCGGAGAGCGAGGAGGCUCGACCCAUCUGAAGCUACCCCUUGCAUCAAAGCCAUCAGCCCGAGUGAGGGCUGGACCACGGGCGGCGCUAUGGUCAUCAUCAUUGGCGACAACUUCUUCGAUGGUCUCCAAGUGGUGUUUGGCACCAUGCUCGUGUGGAGCGAGCUGAUAACCCCCCAUGCCAUCCGUGUGCAGACCCCUCCCCGGCACAUCCCUGGCGUUGUGGAAGUGACAUUAUCUUACAAAUCCAAACAGUUCUGCAAAGGAGCACCAGGAAGAUUCAUUUACACAGCACUCAAUGAACCCACCAUUGAUUACGGCUUCCAGAGGCUGCAGAAAGUCAUCCCCAGGCACCCUGGGGAUCCUGAGAGAUUAGCGAAGGAAAUGCUGUUGAAGAGAGCUGCUGACCUUGUGGAGGCCCUAUACGGCACACCCCACAAUAACCAGGACAUCAUUUUGAAGCGAGCUGCAGACAUCGCGGAGGCUCUGUACAGCGUGCCCAGGAACCCCAGUCAGAUCCCAGCUCUCUCCAGCUCGCCAGCGCACGGUGGCAUGAUGGGCAUCAAUUCUUACGGCAGCCAGCUGGGGGUCAGCAUCUCAGAGUCAACACAAGGAAAUAAUCAAGGUUACAUUCGAAACACAAGCAGCAUCUCCCCGCGGGGUUACUCCUCCAGCUCCACACCUCAGCAGUCUAAUUACAGUACCUCCAGCAACAGUAUGAACGGCUACAGCAACGUCCCCAUGGCCAAUCUGGGUGUGCCGGGGUCCCCGGGAUUCCUGAACGGCUCCCCCACCGGCUCCCCUUACGGAAUCAUGUCCUCCAGCCCCACCGUUGGCUCGUCCAGCACGUCCUCCAUCCUCCCGUUUUCCUCUUCAGUUUUCCCUGCUGUGAAACAGAAGAGUGCCUUCGCCCCUGUCAUCAGGCCCCAAGGCUCCCCGUCCCCAGCUUGCUCCAGUGGUAACGGAAAUGGAUUCAGAGCCAUGACCGGACUCGUCGUACCCCCGAUGUGAAGCAGAGCGAGUCCUGCUUUCUCAUAGCACAAAACUACUUAUUCUGAUGGACCAAUAAUGAGGAAAGCACUCUGAGCUCUUUGGGGGAGAGUUGCGCUCCCCUCCCCCCGCCCAAGUGGACGUGAUGGACAGAUCUGGGAAGGCAAAAUCCGUCAUCUUUCUUGGUCUCACAUUUCUCCUGUAGCUUUGCCAAUAGCUACACAAACUGACCCCUUUGGGGACCAGGACAAAAGAUGUCAUUGACAUGGUCAGUGCUGAGAGCAGAAAUGCAAUGCUUUGUUAUGAACAUUAUGGGGGGGAAAGAAAACCACCUUCCUGUGUUUGUAAAAUAUUUAAGAAAAAAAUUGGCAAACAAUUCAUGCUUAAUAUUUUGGAUACUAUUUGUUUUUCUUUGUAGGAAAAAAGUUGAAAGUUUCUAUUUUCUAUGAAGCCUUUCAGAUACCAAUUUAGUUUAUGCAGAAAAAAAAACAUUGAACAAAACAGGGUACCAGCAUGGAAGACUUUCUUAAAAAAAAAAAAAAGAAACCUGAAUUGAAUGAUGAAAUGUUGUAUGUGUGUUUCCUUAUAGUUUAAUCUCUUAAAAAA